AGACACUAAAGUUAUCACUGAGCUGCCCAGACAGCAAUAGCCAGAGGCCCCGGGCUGGUGCGGCAUCCAGACGGGCCUCUGUGCCCUUUCCAGACGGCCCCCUCCUCGAGGCCCAAGGACCGUCUGGCUGCUGAGCUCCCAGGAGGUCCGAGGGGUGUGACCUCCCCCCUCCGCCCGGGCCCAGCUCAGGGCUGCCUAUAAAGCUGGCCCGGGCCCGGCCCUCCGCACACCAGGCUGGGACCCUCGCCGAGCCUCCUCGGGGGACGCGUGCGCUCUGACCCCCGCCCCCCCAUCCCUGGGCGGCACCAUGAGGCCCCUGUGGCUGUGCUGGGCGCUCUGGGCGCUGCCCCUGACGGGCCCCGGGGCCGCCCUGACCGGCGAGCAGGUGCGGGCCAGCCUGCUGCGGCAGCUGGGCCUCCACGAGGCGCCCGUCCUGGACCAGCGCGACGUGGAGGGGCUGGUCACCCCGGCCCACGUGAGGGCCCAGUACGUGGCCCUGUUGCGGCGCAGUCACGGCGCCCACUCCCGCGGGAAGAGGUUCAGCCAGAGAGUCCGAGAGGUGGCGGGCAGGUUGCUGGCGGCCGAGGCCUCCACGCACGUGCUGGUGUUCGGCAUGGAGGGGCGCCUGCCGCCCAACAGCGAGCUGGUGCAGGCCGUGCUGCGCCUCUUCCAGGAGCCGGUCCCCAAAGCGGCGCUGCGCAGGCUCGAGCGGCUGUCCCCGCACGGCGCCCGCGCCCGCGUCACCGUCGAGUGGCUGCGCAUCCACGAGGACAGCUCGAACCGCACCUACCUGGUGGACUCCAGGCUGGUGUCCCUCCAGGGGAGUGGCUGGAAGGCCUUCGACGUGACCGAGGCCGUGAACUUCUGGCGCCAGCUGGGCCGGUCUGGGCAGCCGCUGCUGCUGCAGGUGUCCGUGCAGAGGGCGCACCUGGGCCCGCGGGCCUCGGGCGCCCACACGCUGCUCCGCUUCGCGUCCCAGGGCCAGGAGGGCACGGGGCAGGGCGAGCCCCAGCUGGAGCUGCACACCCUGGACCUCGGGGCCUACGGAGCUCAGGGCGACUGCGACCCCGAGGCGACGGAGGGCGCCCGCUGCUGCCGCCAGGAGACCUACGUUGACCUGCGGGGCAUGCGGUGGGCCGAGAACUGGGUCCUGGAGCCCCCGGGCUUCCUGGCCUACGAGUGUGUGGGCGCGUGCCAGCAGCCCCCGGAGCCCCCGACCUUUAGGCGGCCGUUCCCGGGGCCGCGACAGUGCGUCGCCUCGGAGACGACCUCGCUGCCCCUGAUCGUGGGCGUCAAGGAGGGCGGCAGGCCCAGGCCCCAGGUGGUCAGCCUGCCCAACAUGAGGGUGGAGAAGUGCAGCUGCGCGUGGGACGGGGCGCCCGUGCCCAGGAGGCUGGGGCCUUAGGGCUGGCCGUGGCCACCGAGGUCUCCGAUGGACCCGUGCACCGCCCGGGGCCUUGGUGCAGAUCUUCCAAUUUAGCACCAUAGCCCUGGCCCCUGCGGUAACUUUCCUGCCUACGUGCCCCUCCCCCUGUCCUCCUGUCCCUCCGUCACCCCAAGCACUUACAGGAGUAACUAAUGCAGCGGGAUUGCCAAAUUCCAGAAGGAAUCCCAGACUGCUCUGUAGAGGAUGUAGCCAAGCACGGACAGAUGGUCAGCCGGGACCUUCUCUGGCAAAUUCGCAACGAAGCUUGGGGACAACACACCCCAAUGAUGAGAAUGGGAGAAACAGACUGAUUUACUCUAUGGCAGGAGGGAUUAAAA